AGUUUCAACUUUCAGUUAUCCACACACACAUAUUACAUAUACACAAAGCCUUCCCUGAGUUUGGCGACGUUAGUCUUCUUCCUUCCUUCCUUCCUUCUCAAUCUUUGUUUCGCCGAUAGCGUGGAAAUGAGCUCUGAGAGAUAGAAGCGACAGAGAGAAAAUCGAAGAAGAUGUCGUCUUUCUUCAAAUCCUUUGCGGGUAAUCCCAGGGAAGCUGCUGCAAUGGCGAUGGUUCAAUCCUCAUCUUACAGAGUAUUGUCAGGUAGAAGUUGUUCAAAUUUAAGGAGGAAUACGCCGUUGGAUUCAUUUCUUGCCAAGGGAAGGUCUCCUGUCAAGGCUUUUUCAUUCUUAUAUGUCUCAGGGUAUUCAACUGAGCCAAACAAUGAGUUUGGUCAUUCAUCAAAGCGAAGGUCUCGUGGGCCUGUUAUGGCGGCAAAGAAAGCAUCCGAAGGGGAAAAGCAAGAAGAUGGGAAGUACAAGCAAACGGUUGAUUUGCCAAAGACAGGUUUUGGUAUGAGAGCGAAUUCUUUGACAAGGGAACCUGAACUCCAGAAGUUGUGGGACGAGAACCAGGUCUUCAAGAGAGUUUCUGAUAAUAACAAUGGAGGGAGUUUCAUUCUUCAUGAUGGUCCUCCUUAUGCCAAUGGUGAUCUGCAUAUGGGUCAUGCUCUUAACAAGAUACUGAAGGAUAUCAUUAAUCGCUAUAAGCUGCUCCAAAACUAUAAAGUUCAGUACGUUCCUGGGUGGGAUUGCCAUGGCCUUCCAAUUGAGUUGAAAGUUCUGCAGUCCCUGGAUCAGGAAGUAAGAAAGGAACUUACACCAUUAAAAUUAAGGGCAAAGGCGGCGAAAUUUGCAAAAGCAACAGUCAAAACACAAAUGGAAUCAUUUAAGCGGUUUGGUGUAUGGGCAGACUGGAACAAUCCUUAUCUAACUCUUGAUCCGGAAUAUGAAGCAGCCCAGAUUGAAGUAUUUGGCCAGAUGGCCUUGAAAGGGUACAUCUAUAGAGGUAGGAAACCAGUUCACUGGAGCCCUUCAUCUCGGACUGCUCUUGCAGAAGCUGAAUUAGAGUAUCCGGAGGGUCAUAUUUCCAAAAGCAUAUAUGCUAUUUUCAAAGUGGUUGGCGGAGCGAAAACAAGCCUUUUAGAUGAGUUUGUCCCUAAUAUAUGCUUGGCAGUAUGGACAACUACACCUUGGACUAUGCCAGCCAAUGCUGCUGUCGCGGUGAAUGCAAAGCUUCAGUACUCUGUUGUGGAAGUGCAGUCAUUCUCAGAAGAUGAAUCUGCUGUGACAGGCAAUAAAAAGAAAAUGCCUGGGAAGGUUCUAAAGAAUCAACAAAAGCUUUUCGUGAUUGUAGCGACCGACCUUGUGCCAGCAUUAGAAGCGAAAUGGGGUGUCAAGCUUAUCAUAAGUAAAACAUUCCUUGGUUCAGAUCUUGAAAACUGCAGGUACACACAUCCAAUUGACAACAGGGACUGUCCAGUCGUUAUAGGGGGUGAUUACAUAACUACGGAAUCUGGAACAGGGUUGGUUCACACUGCCCCUGGUCAUGGUCAGGAGGAUUAUGCAACCGGCCUGAAGUAUGGGCUGCCUCUUAUCUCUCCGGUGGAUGAUGAAGGAAAGUUCACUGAAGAAGCUGGAAGGUUUAGAGGGCUCUCCGUCCUUGGAGAAGGGAAUAGUGCUGUUGUCAGUUACCUGGAUGAAAAUAUGUCUCUGGUCAUGGAAGAAUCUUAUGCUCAUAAAUACCCAUAUGAUUGGCGAACUAAGAAACCUACGAUAUUUAGAGCGACUGAGCAGUGGUUUGCAUCAGUUGAAGGGUUUCGCACGGCCACAAUGGAUGCAAUCAACAAUGUAAAAUGGGUACCAGAUCAGGCGGUAAACAGAAUAUCUGCCAUGACUUCCAGUCGAUCUGAUUGGUGCAUCUCGAGACAAAGGACAUGGGGGGUCCCUAUUCCUGCCUUUUAUCAUGUUAAGACAAAAGAACCCCUCAUGAAUGAAGAGACAAUUAACCAUGUUAAAUGUAAGGGCCUAUAA